AGACGUGGCCACAGGCCAGCUGUGCACUGUAAACCCGAACAGUACUACUAACUCAAAAGUAUUGUGAAACAACAAACAAAAUCCGCUAUCAGGUCAACCCAACUUUAAGUUACUAAGUGUUCCGAACGAGGAAUGCAGUUAUAAUUUCGUGCUACUUAAAUUGUCUGAGCGAUCAUCACAACCUUACUCAAAACCUUUGAAUGCACGGAGGCGUGCAACGUAAUGACGUCAUUGCGCCAUUACGUUGGCGGCACCGACCGAACGAGGCAAAAAUCAAACCAACAUGGCGGUCGUGAAGCGAGAGGAGUGCAUCGGCUGCUGAAGUUAAGAAAACUUGAUCAAACACCUGAGACCAGAGAAGAGCACUGAGCAGUGAAUGGCACAGAACCUCUGGUAAACAUCUAUCUUGAAAGACACUGAAGAUGACUUUUGUUUGAGUAAUGGAGUGGAAGUGCAAAUUGUGUAUUGUGUCUGCAGACACCCGGGCACAGUUAUUCCGGCACUAUCGCUUGAAACACAGCCAUUACUCUAGAGUUAGCCCUCUACCAUGUCUCCAUGACUCUUGUAUUUGUACAUUUCUGUCCUUUAAUGCCUUGAAAAUUCAUUUGUCACGGUUUCACAGAGAUGUGUGUAGACCCAGUGCAAGUCACACAGCACAAGCAGAAAGGGCAGCUUUUACCUGUUCUGUGUGUAACUUGAAACAGCCCUUCUCACAAGAAACAUUGUUCACUCAUUUAAGGGGCCAUUUAAAAAAACGUGAGACAAUAACAUGCCCAUUUAAAAACUGUAACUACAGCACUAAUGUGUAUUCUUCUUUUAAUACACACAAAAGUAGGAUACAUGCAAAUAGUUCAGACUUUAGUGAUGAGAUAGUUUCAACAGAAAAUGCUACUGUAAAUGCUGCUGACCUUGAUUAUGAAGAUAAUUUCCUAUCCCAGCAUGCAGACUCAUUUGAUAAUCCUGAGGAUGACAGUGUAUGUGACUCCAGUCAGUUGAGAGCCCAGUUGCGCCAUAAUCUCUCCUCAUUAUUCCUUAAGAUGCAAACUGUUCUCCACGUUUCUGACAUGGCAACUCAGGAAAUAGUUGAUCAUCUCAGUCAGAUAUUUUCCUUGUCUCAGCCUCUCAUCAGGGAUACUGUAAAGGAGACACUACAGAGGCAUGAUAUCUCUAUUACUGAAGCUACCCUGAAUGAUUUAGUAAAUGAGGUUAUGAACACAAAUAUUUUUGUCAGUGCCACAACUAAAGGGGAGGAGAUGUCAACCAAAAAACGAAGAAAAAAAUUUGUUGAAAAAAAUUUCCCUGUUGUGAAGCCAGUGCAGUAUGAGUUGGAGCCUGGAUGCAGAGUAGCCUAUGUCCCUAUUCUCCAGGUGAUCCAGGAAAUGUUUAAACACACAGACAUCCUGGAAAGAAUAAAGGAAACAAAGGUGUCACAAAAAGGCCAUUACACGAGCCACCAAGAUGGUUUAUAUUUUCAAAAGAAUAAUUUGUUGUCUUCCUUAGAACUCUCACUGCCAAUUGUAUUGUACAUUGAUGAUAUUGAAAUUGCUAAUCCUUUAGGCACUUCAAGAAAAAUUCACAAACUGUGCUCAGUUUACUGGGUGCUUGCAGAUCUUCCACUUAAAUACAGAUCAGCGCUGCAUGUUAUUCAGCUAGCAGCCAUUUGUAAGGUCCCUGAUGUCCAGAAGUAUGGAUACAAAACAGUUCUCCGUCCUUUGUUACAAGACCUUUGCACUCUUGAACAAGACGGUGUGUUCAUCGAGUCUCUUGGCCAGUCAGUUCAAGGUACUGUUCUUUGUGUUGUGUCUGACAACCUGGCAGCACACGCAUUAGCAGGCUUCAUGCAAUCCUUCCGUGCAGGACACAUUUGUCGUUUUUGCAAUGCCACACGAGACCAGAUUCUGUCUCAUGAAGUUGGAGACGGUGAAUUUUGUCUGAGGACCAAAGCUAGUCAUGACCGUAAUUUGCUGACUGUUAUGCAAGGGGAUCAGAGUCACAGUGUAGUUGGUGUCAAAGGGGAUUGUGUCUUGAAUGAGAGUUUACGGCAUUUUCACACAACCACUGGCUUCCCACCAGAUAUUUUACAUGACCUUUUUGAGGGCAUUGUGCCGGUAGAAUUGGCCCUCUGCAUUCAGGAGAUGAUAAGGCUUAAAUACUUAACUCUCGAGGGACUAAACAGAAAAAUCAUGUCAUUCCAAUACGAAAACUCGGAUAAAGUUAACAGAUCACGGCCAAUUUCAAAGACCUUUGCCAGAAAGCGGUCAAUUGGUGGUAAUGGUCAUGAGAACAGCACAUUGUUGCGACUACUGCCAUUGAUGAUAGGCCAUACAGUUCCUGAUGGAGAUGGGGCUUGGACUAUAUUGAUGGAUUUAAAAGAUAUUGUCGAACUAGUCCUGUCCCCAACAUUUGAUGAUGAAUCUAUUGACUAUUUGAAGACCAAGAUUCAGGAUCACAGACGACUGCUUCAGGAGGUUUUCCCUGAGUUCAGACUGCUUCCUAAGCAUCACUAUUUAGAGCACUACCCAGAUCUCAGACGUUGUUUUGGACCCCUUGUCCAUUUGUGGACUAUGAGAUUUGAAGGAAAGCAUAGGUUUUUCAAGCGUGUAAUACACGAUACACAAAACUUUAAGAAUGUGGUGAAAACCCUAGCAACACGGCAUCAGCACAUGGUAUCAUACUACCUCAGUGCACCCUCAUUCUUUAAACCACACCAGCAGGCAUCAAAUGUCUCUUCAGUCUUGGUCUCAGUCCUUCCAGAUGUUGCUCAACAGUACAUUAGACAAAAAACAGACAGCAGUGUCAUAUACAGCACAUCAAACAUCAUUUUGGAUGGCACCAUGUAUGAUGUUGGGAGGUUUGUAUCUGUGGGACAAGAGGGAGGACUGCCUCAGUUUAGCAGGAUUGAGCAGAUCCUACUUGUUAACAGUGAUGUAAUGUUUCUAUGCAGGGAACACAAGUCAUGUUACAUUGAACACUUGAGAUCGUACAAACUGUACCCUGGAAAUUUAACAGUCAACAACAUAUUAGAGCUUAAUGACAGCUUACCGCUCUCAGCGUACCAUGUUGAAGGACAACUUCUGUUGACACCCAAGCGCUACAUACAGCUGAACAGAAAGUAAUUCAUACCAAAACAGUGAGUUGAUUUUGAGAUGAAAGGAAAUGUCUAAAUUCUUUCAUUUGAAGUUUUUGACUGUGUAAAUGAAUGUGUAAAGAUGAUUUUUUUAGACUAAGUUUUGUUGUUUCAUUCCCUACAAAAUUUGAUAACUGUUCUCUCUCUUGAUUUUCAGCUGAUGGCCAUGUCCCCAAAGUACCUUCUUCGUGUCUACAUAGCUACUGAUGUGGCUGUGAAAGUGACUUUGAAUGAGAGGCCAACAUCAGUUGAUGAGCUCAUCGGCAUCUUGAAAGACAAAGCUAAGCCAAGGCUGGACUUUGAAUUCACGUUACAGUAUGAGGAUCCGGACUUCGGAGGAGAGCUCUGCUGUUUGGUUGAUGUAGAAGACCUGCCAGAGAAGGGCACGCUUAGAGUUGUUAGAUCAGAAAGUGACCUAAGUUCAUGUGGUAGUUCAGACACAGAUAUCCUGCCUCACGUGCCUGUAAGCCAACGGCAAAAAACAUGGCCUGAUGUUUUCCCUGUCCCAACUUUUUCGUAUAAAGUUGAACAUGUCUUGCAAGAGGGGAACAGUGUUUUUGAGAGCUCUGGAAAGACUCUAAAAUUAAGCAGAGCACAAAAACACAACAUUAUAGAGAACAUGGCCUCCUUAAUGUACUCUUUUAAACCGUACCCAAGCGACAGGGAUGUAGGCAUGGCAGCUGACGCCCUGAUUAACGCUCACCCAUGUCUGAAAGAGCUGGGGUCUGCGAGUGGGUGGUACGGAUGGAAAAUUAGCCUGAAAUUUAAAAUGGGAAAUUACCGUACUAGGCUGGCAAGAGCUGGAUGCAAGGAGGUGUCCGUAAAUACAGGGAAAAGAAGCAGGAAUAAUCCAGAGAAAGCACAUCCCCACUCGAACAUUAAAAAAGCCAGAAGGGCUGAAGUAAACUUUCUCCCAAACUUCCCAAGAGGACAAAACGAGGACAGUUUGGAGGAAAUGAGAAUAGAGAUGAAAGCUGAAGUUGAUAGAGCCGACAGAAACCUACAAUCAAUAGAGAAACUCAUGCAGACAACCUUUGCACUUCGUCGUCAGGAAAUUGUUCAGGGAGACCCAUUGGUGAAGGACUUUCUGGAGAGAUGGCCUGCCCUUCAGGUCCAAUCACAGGUCUGUGCUGAGUUCCACAGGAUCACCAAUAUAAAUUUACGGAACCAGUUUUAUUGUGAACUAGAUCGGCACAUUCAACAGCUCAUAGAACUUUACAGACAGAAGGCAGCUCGUACUGGAAGGGUGGCAGGAGCACUGCGAGACAUCCUACAGUAUUAUGAAACUGAGGAUGUGCAGGAUAUCAACAUGAAACGCACUGUGGCCCUUCGUGCUCUCUCAGUAUACCUGCGGGAAGAGGACACACAGUUUUUCAAGACUUGGAACACUGAGGAAUCAGAGGAGCCAGACAUCGAGGACACACCCAUUGGUAUUGUCACGAUGAUCAGAGAAAGAAGUGCAUCUCCCGUUCACUUCAGUCCCGUAUCCACAGCCAUUGUGGUGGAAGAUGAAUUCAUCAUGAGGGACAUUGCCACGUUUGCCGAUGCAUAUGUGUUACUGUUUGGGCUGGUGUAUGUGUUACAUCUCGACUACCCAAAGAAGCUUGUUGGCACCUUCACUUUCAUACAAAAGGUUCUAAUGGGGUUGGAUGACGGUGCACCCCUGAAACCUACUCUGCUCUCUUUGAAAAAUGACCUGCUUACAGUGUAGACGUUACCUGUAUGAUGCAUGUUUGUUGUUACAUUGAUUUAUGUUCCUUUUUGGUUAUUUAUUUGAUUUAUUUUUUAUUCAUGUUCAAUGACUUGAUAUCUGAUAUCCUGAUAUUUACUUUUUGGUUAUUUAUUUAAUUUAUUUUUUAUUCAUUUCAAAUUAUUUCCUUGAAUGGCCAUAGAUGUAAAAAAAACUUGAAGAUGCUGUUUUGAAAGGCCAUACCUUUACACUGAGCACAAGUUCCCAAUGCUUUUAUACAAACAUUUAAACAUUUGCAGUGAUUUAUACAUAGCCAUAUAAAUCUGUUUUUAUAUAAUGUAUGUGUGGAUGUAUAUGUUGACGGUUCAUGAUAUGCAAGGUAUCCUUCAACCAAACGGGGUGUGUUUACAUUUUCAGAUUGUGCAUUUGUUGGCCUUGUUUUACUGGCCUGGUUUUACAAGUUGGAUGUCCAUGGUUAACAUACAGAUGUGUGUAUGUGGUGUUUGUAUACUUACAGCUCUGUUGCUGUGACCAAAGUGGUUUGGAGAAAAAGAAUAAAAUCUGAAUAAAAACAUUGAAAUAUUCUAAGUUUAUUUGAGUAUUCUGAACUUAAAAAAAAUAGUAGUU